GGAGGACUCCUCUUUCUCGGCUGCUUCCUUGCUGCUUCCCAGGGCGAAGGAGAGCCCGGAGCCUUCCGUGGCAUCUGUCGGCGCUGGAGACCUGGCCAUUAUGAGCAGCAAAAGUUCCAACAUUGAAACAAGGACUUCCAUCUCUCAUGCACACAGUACAGAUGCCUUCAGUGCCCAUGGCAGUGUCAAAGGAAGGACACUGUGGACGAUAACCGACAGUGCUUCUGUGUCUACAGCCAGAAGAAGAAACUCUGCUUAUAUUGAAAUGAUCAGGUCUGGAGAUACAGCUCAGCAGUCAUCUUCGGUGAUGCAGGCCAGAAGAGCUGAUACCUCACCAAGUUCCUUGGAUAUUGCUGGAUUUGAAACAGGGACUUUGAGGAUACAUUCUCCCAGGACACCCGUUUCUUCACUUUCAGAGGAUAAUCACCCAAUUACUGGGAGCAGCCACCAUAUAGAUAGAAGGUGGGAUGCAGACAGCACAACAUCCAGUUUGCAUAUCAUCAGCACGGACAGUUCAACAACGGCCAACAGAGGCACAGAAAGGACAUCACAGUUCCUUACAGACAGUGUCGCUCUGACUGAUUCAUCAAGAAAAGACCCAGUUUCUCAGAGGGAAGUCACCACCUUUCCUGAUCGAACCCAGUUCCCAUCUCAUGCAACACAUUCCAGAGGAAGAAGUAACACAUCAAAGGUCACACAAUUUCCUGAGUCUUCAGCAAGGAUUUGGCUUGCCCAGUCUUACUCGCCUCCAAAGACUACUGCAGAAGACAGUAGUCAGCCAAGGAGUAGCUCAAAUACAGAGAGAAGCGUUUCCAGUUCCCACACAGAUGAUGUGUCUGUUUCAGGUUUAAAUGACAGGGGUGGAGAGAGGACAUUACGUACUUUAAGAGAUGUCAGCAGUUCUCUUAAUGCAGUGCAUAUAUCCCCAACCACUAGCAAUGAAAUCGCCACCUCUUCAGGCCUCCUGGGUUCCUCACAUGUGCUAACUCCAGUACAGACCGGACAAAUGGAUUCAUCACCAGAGGACAAUGAUUUCACUGAAGCAGCACUUCCACAUUUCCAAGCUCCUUCAGAAACAACAGCUACAGAAAACAGUGGUCAGCCAAGGAGCAGCUCAAAUACAGAGAGAAGUAUUUCCAGUUCUCACACAGAUGGUGCGUCUGUUUCAGGUCUAACUGAUAGGGGCAGAGAGAGGACAUCGCGGACACUGAGAGACGUCAGCAGUUCUCUUAAUGCAACACAACUAUCCACAAUGGCUAGCAAUGAAAUCUCCACCUCUUCAGGCCUCACAAAUUCCUCUCACAUGUUAACUCCAGUACAGACUGGACAAAUGGAUUUGUCACCAGGGGACAAUGAUUUCACCGAAGUAACGCUUGCACAUUCCCAGGCUUCUUUGGGAAUGACAGCUACUGAAGAUCUUGAUCACCAGUCAGCAAGCAGCUCAGAUACAGAGAGGAGUAUUUCUAGUUCUCAUACUGACAGUGCAUCUGUUUCAGUUCUACCUGACAGAGGUGGAGAGAGGACAAUAAGCAACAACAGCAUUUCUCAGAACACAACACAAAAGUCCAUCGCCGGUAAUACUGAAAUCUCCAGCUCUUCGGACCUCCCUAAUUCUUCUUACAUGUUGACUCCGGAGCAUACCAGACAGACGAAUUUGUCAACAGAGGACACUGAUUUUAUUGAAGCAGCGGUUACACAUUCCCAGUCCCCUUCAGAAGCAACAGAUGUUAGGAGUAGCCAGCACACAUUCAACAACUUUGGUACAGAGGAAAGGGUCUCUCAGACUGAGAGUAUGUUCUCUACUGCCACAUUCAUCAAAACUGGAGAUGGGACAUUAGGAUCUCUAACUAUCAAGAGCAAAUCCACAGAUGCAACAGAGCUAUCAACUUUUGAUCUGGAAAAUGUCAGCUCUGUAGAUUUAACCCAGAACUUGUCAACCUCAGCCCAAAGUGGAAAGCACAGUUUCCCAUCUACCCAGAUGGAUUUCAGUGAGUCCUCAAAAGAGCAUUUAUUUACAUAUUCCUCCAAAACUUCUGCCUAUCCAUCUUCUGCAACAGAUCUUUCAAGUACUGGAAGCAGUCUUCAGCCAGUUAAAGUGUCUGAUGUGGAAAGAAGGCUUUCUGGGGCUUCUACAGACAGCAUAAACUUAUCAACUACAUUCAUGCAUGGUAGAGAGAGGACCUCACGGUCUUUACCAGAUAACAGCACAUCUCCUGAUGCAACAGACAGUACUGAAACUUCCGAGUCUUCAGAUCCGACCUUGAGCUUGAAUUCCGGAGGAGAAACACAUAAUGUCUCACAAAGUGAAGUGCAAUCCGCUGGAUCUUCUACUGAGCACCUGCUUCAGCAUUCCUCUGAAGUUCCAACGUCCCCAUCUUCACCAAAGGAUCCGUCAAUUCUUGGAAGUAGUCAUCAUUCAAUGAGUGACACAAGCAUUUCACACUCUUACACUGAAAGCACUUACCAUUCAGCAACUUUCAGCAAAGGAGACGCACAAACUCUACAAUCCAUAGUUAACAAUACGUUUGCUGAAGCGACUGAAAGAACUUUUUCAUAUAUAGAAGAGUCCAACAGCUCAGAACUAAAUCCUUCCUCGUCAGAAGCAUACUCUAGAAGGACAGACUUCUCAGUAAAAGGUUUUGAUACUUCUGGGUCUUCAACUGAGUCUUUCCAAAACUUCAGCUCAUCCAGGAUACCAACUUACUCUUCCUUCCAAAGUGAACCUUCAGACACUGGAACAGACUACCAGCCAAUGAGUAGCACUGACACUGGAAAAAUAAUCUCUGUUUCUCAUACGGACAGCACGUACAUUUCAACCACUUUCACAAGGGGCGGAGAAAGGACGUUACUGUCUAUUCCAAAAAGCAGCACAUCAGCUGACUCAUCAGAAAGUUCCACUUUUUAUGCAGAAAUUUCCAGCCCUUCAGAGUCAGCACGGUCCUCAUUUUCUGUGACCCAGAUCAGAGGAAGCAACGUGUCCUCCGGCAACAUGGGUUUCUCCACACCAUCAACAGAACCGUUGUCUGUACACGCCCUGAAAACACCGGCCUACUCUUCCACAGUCAGUGAGCUGCAUGCAACUCAGUUAUAUUCGAAAUCCGAACUGACACCUGCUGGCGGCUUAUCAUUCACACCUUCCUCUUCAGCGUCACUGAAACAGGAUUCACUUCUACCCACUCAGCUGCCAACUCUGUUUUCGACCUCAGAAUCCCCUCUUCCAUUGUCUUCCUCUGCUUUCCCAACCCUGCUUUCACCUUCCCCUCAAACACUUUUGCCAACUUUUUCACGCAGGCAGUCGCCAACAGCACUGCCCACGCUGCCCCCAUCCUCAUCUUUAUUGCCUCCUCUUUCCUCAACACCGUCGUUGCUGCAGCCUAGUGAGCCUUUGGAAGGCAGUGUUUCUAUGGCUGCAUCUGAAGGGACAACUGGAACAGACCCACCCACAGCUGGAAGCUCCAACAGGCCAUUCAGCAACCAGACUGGGACAUACCCACUGAAGGACAGCACUGAUCUGGGGACAACAGGAUCUUCUCUUAUUCUGACCCAAACUACUGAACAGCUCACAGACCACUUGUCACCUAUGACAGUAUCCCUAGAUGAAACCAAGGGCUCAGAGGGGCAAAAUGUUUCUUUCGCAGGGACCAGGGUUGGAAAAAUGCCUCCUGUUCCGACUACGUCUCCCACGUACAGGGCCCAGAGUACCACAGUUUCAGAGACAGCCAAAGCAACAACUGCUUCGUUGCCAUAUACAACCACUCUAGAGGGUGCCUUCAGUUUGGUGGGGGUAACCACAGGAAAGAACCUUGUAAAUAUAGCACACACAACGUUAGGAUUACCUACGUUGGCCUCAAGCGUGGAUUAUGUGGUCACUACAAAGCCUCAGAAAGUACGUCCUCCCCUUCCCACCAAGACGCCAUCUUAUGCCACUGGAACUCCCACAAAAGGGAUGGAAACGAGCACUACCACUGCUUUUAAAACCACUGAUUCCAGAGCCACUACUGCCCACCCUCCCAAAAUGUUUCCUUCCAGCAAAACCACUGCAGGGACCGUUUCUGCUUCACCCGUUCCCACCAAAGCCACUACAUUUGCACGGGUAGGAAGUCCAAGGACAUUUCCAGCUUCCCGUGGAAAAGCUAAUGCGUGCACCGCAGAGACUUGCCUUAAUAAUGGGAAAUGCAUUGUGGAUAACUUGAUGGACAAAUUCCAGUGCCAGUGUUCACCUGGUUGGCAGGGAGAGGAUUGCAGUACAGAUGUAGAUGAGUGUCUGUCUAAUCCAUGCCCGGCCUUGGCCACAUGUACUAACACACAAGGUUCGUUCCAUUGCACGUGUUCCCUGGGCUACCAGAUGGAGAAAGGAAAGUGCAAUUUAGUUCGAACCUUUGUUGGCCAGUUUAACACAACUGGAGGGCAGUACUCAGAGUUUCAAGUUGAAGAAGCUAUUAUGAACAUGCUGAACAAUUCUCUUUCAACAUUGCCAGGCUAUUACACAUCCACUGUUAAAGCAUCCAGGCAGUUGGGUAUCAUGCAAGUGUCUGUCCUGAGCACCUUUUCUUUGGUCUCCAACGUCACCCUUUUUGAGGUUGCUAGCACCGUGCGAAGCCACAUUCGAGCCUGCAAGGCUCCCACACAGACUUGCCAGUUCAUCUCUAAACUUACACUGCUCCACAGAGUUGGUGGUCUGUGUAAACACAAAGAUCCGGAAUGCGACAAAGAAACUUCUGUGUGUGUGGACUUGGACGGCAUUGCAGUUUGCAAGUGCCAGGCUGGAUACUUCAAAUACAACAAACUGGAUCAUUCCUGCAGAGCUUGUGAAGAUGGGUAUAAACUUGUGAAUGACACUUGUGUGAGUUGCCCAUUUGGAUUAGGAGGAUUCAGCUGUGGGAAUCCGUAUCAGCUCAUCACCAUUGUGAUCGCAGCAGCUGGAGGGGGACUUCUGCUCAUCAUGGCGAUAGCUCUCAUUGUCACGUGCUGCCAGAAGAAUAAAAAUGACAUAAGCAAACUCAUCUUCAAAAGUGGAGAUUUCCAGAUGUCACCAUAUGCUGAGUAUCCCAAAAACCCUCGAGCUCAAGACUGGGGGAGAGAAACCAUUGAAAUGCAAGAGAAUGGGAGCACUAAAAACCUACUACAGAUGACAGAUGUUUACUAUAUGACAACCAACCCAAGGAACCCUGAACUAGAAAGAAACGGGCUGUACCCACCUUACACAGGUCUUCCGGGAUCCCGACACUCCUGCAUCUACCCUGGCCAAUACAAUCCUUCCUUUGUUAGUGAUGACAGCAGAAGAAGAGAUUACUUUUAAUGGAAUUGCAGGAGAGACAUGGGAAAGUGAAUGGAACAUCGGCCAUUGCCUGCUAAUUGUUUUCUGGGUACACAUUAAUUAUACAGCUCAGAUGCUGGCAUAGUUUGUAUACAGAAAGGAAACUUUGAACCCUUGGAGGAUACUGAACAGGGUUGUCCGAAAGGAGCCAUUUGUAGCUGCUGUUGAACAGCAAUGGGAAGGCAGGUGUAAAGAGCAAGUCAGCACACAGGCCUGUCUAAGAGGCAAGGGAGAAGCUUAAAGGAGUUCCUGUGUGUACAUUCUGCAUCUUUUCCUUAUCACUAAUUGUGUCACAUAAUGUGAAUUUGAUAGUAGAUCACUAAAGCAAAGCUAACAAAUACUGUGGAUGACACUCUAAAUCUAACGCCAGUAAUGUGUGUUGUGUUUACAGUUAACAACUAGUGCUGUGUUUGCGUUUCCCACGUUUUAUGCAAAGCUGCGUUGAGUGGAUUUUAUGGAAAGAACCAUUUCUCUGUCACCAGGUAUCUAUUAAUGGGUACUGAUGAGAUAGCCACAGAAUGCUGGGGAUGCAUAUGGCAAUGUGGUCUAAGGAUGGGAGUUCUAUGUGUAAUGUGCAAAGUUCAGGGUCCUUUUUCUUUUCUUAGGAUAAUGCAUCUUCUUAUUUCCUGUCUUGUCAUUCAGUUGUGUAUUGACUCAGUUGCAAUGGUGCUUGCUCCUGCCCUCUGUUUGCCCCCAGUUUAUUAUUGACCAUUGUCUCAUGAAGAGUAAUCAUUGCCCCAUGCCCAUGCCUUCUCCAGCCAUGAAUUUUUUCUUCUCCGUGAACUCUUAGUGAAUUGAUUAUGUAUGCUGGUCUCAUACUAUAGAACCACACGUGUGUGUGUGUGUAACCAAAUGGUGGGUGAGGAUUGCCCCCAGUAAAAAUGGGGGGGGUGUUAAAUGAUAUUCAGGUUUACAGUAUCUGAAAUUUGAGCUCAGAAAAUAAAAUCCUGAAAUCAUCAGAUCAAGAAGAGGAAAAAGUGAUAGGAAUCUGAAACUCUGGCUGAGAAUACCUGAAGUGCCACAACAUGUGCCCCCAAAUUUGGUUGGGAUGCUUGUUGAAUUUCACAGGCAGCUGACUGUUCACUUUUAGUUUAGCUAGGCUAAUCACCGUGAUAUGAGACCAACAAACUGUGCUUGUUCAGUGCACUGCUGCUACCAGACUAAACCCCACAAGAGGUUGAGCUAAUAGAGCUGCUUUAAACGGCAUACAACCAGCUUACCAACUCAAAUUUUCCCUUUGGUUAACUCAUUGUCCUUUACUAGCACUUAAACCAGGAUUCCAAGUCACUUGUAAAUUGUGGUUGGCCCCAGAACCAUGUUCUUCCAUAUGGGAAAAGGAAGGGCAUACUAGAAUGCCCUUUUGUGGUGUCUUGAGUUGUAACCUAAGACAUCUUCUCAUUUAUUUAUUUUUUGUCAUUUUCAAAAUGUCCAUCCCUUUGCUGCUGAAGAAAAACGUGCUUUUGCCUUUCUUCCUCCCAUCCACAUAACCAGGGACCUGGUGUUCACCCACUGCAACACUAAAUAGCUCACCUCCCAUAGUUAUUUAUUUUAGGAUUUCCCAAUCCCUGGCAACACUUUUCCCCACCUGCAAGGCUAGCCCUGACCCAUUCCAUAUCGUGGAGAUAAGAUAUAGUAGAGAAGAUGGCUUAACUUUUAUCCAGGCAGCCGUGGAAGAAAGCAACCAGGAAGCAUUUUAAGUGGGAUUGGCAUCAUAUGUAGUUGAACCCGGACCCAAGUUCUCUUGUGUAUGGCUUUUCCUAAUGCAAAACAACUUUUGCUCUCUGAAUGUUCUAAAGAAGGUGUGGUUUUAUGAGAAAAGAGGACUUUGUACAGUGUGCAGGAAGCUGCAGGGUGGCUGAGUGGUGACGCUUGCAGCUUAAUCAUGAAGGAUUUGGAGGCAGUGAUUAAUAGUGAGAGACCUAGCCUGCAGAGCGGCAUGUGAUUGUUUCAGAUUGGGUGAGUGGGGGAAGAUUGGGUCAGGCCAGAGGUGUUUCUUGUCCUGCACUCCUGUAUCCCAUAGCAACCACUUCAGAAUUGUGAAAAAGGAUGCACUUCACCAGAAGGCACAAAAAAGAAGGAAAUAAUCCAAGGAUGUGGGAGAGAAAGGAGAGUGGGAGAAUGAGAGAGUGGGAGAGACAUACACUGUCUGUGUACCACUUCUGAAUACAUAGGCUAAUUGCCAUGGAUAAAACUACCCUCUGUGACCAUGUUAUCUUAUGAAUUAAGUUCAGCUGUAACUAUAGUCCAUGACAUUUUCGAGGCUCCAACCUCAGAUUUCAUUAGUCAUAGAAUAGGCUAAGAUACCAUUCUGUAUAACGGCUAAAUUCACAAGCUUAACUGCAGCAACCACUUCUGCAAGCAGAAAAGGACUGGGGAAAAUAUCCUGAGUAGUCUAGUUCCUCUUACUCUAGCUGUACCUAUUCUGCUUUUUGAAAUUAUUUGGGAACAAUAUUUCUAUUUUUUAAAAAAAAUCAGCUGUGUUCAGGUCACUUUACUGCUUUCUGUAUUGCAAAUUGCUUCAGGUUGUACUUUGUACUGUAAAAAGCUCCCCCCCCCCCGCAAAUGUAAAAUUAAUCAUCAGGUGUUUUCCACAGACUGAUCUUGCAUUGCCACACAAGGAAGCCGGAUGCGAAAUGGAGUUUGUUCACCUUGAUCUGGCAAGGAUGAUUCACGUGUGGGGUGAAAGAAAAGGCGGGGGAGCUAUACCCAGAUGGUCAGUGCAGUCCAGCUAUAACAGAGCUGAUACUGCCAGCCAUCUGGUUGGCGGGUGUGUACACAGAAAUCUAGAUGAAGCAGCACAUGUUCAGCCAUAUUCCCUUCAUGGGAGGAAUCUUUGGAUCAGGACCUUUGCUUUGGAUGGCAAGGGGAAUGACCCAUAACUAUGCCCACUUUUAUGGAAAGGUGUAGCUGACAAACAGUUGCCAAACACCCGUAAAAACUUUCAACGCUUUCUGUCAUAAUCUUACUAUUACAGGCCUCGUCCAAGCAUCCCUUUAAACCAUAGUUUAAACUAUGGUUUAAAGUGAGCACUUGUGGUGCUCCACCACUACUAUUUCCUUUCCCGCUUGGAGGAGGAAACACCAUGGAGGCCGGCUUCCCAUUAAGUGCCAACAAGCACUUGUGUAUUGUUUCUUUCCUACCUAACCAGCCACAAUGGUUAUCCAAAGUCUAUUUGUUAUUUAUUUUAUUUAUUUACCCUAUUUAUGGAUUGCCCUUCACCCAAAGGCCCCAGGGCAGGACUACACAGAACUGAAACUGAAAUUAGUAAUAAUAAAGCCAUACAAAUAAAUUCCAUACAAAUAAAACAGCAGCAUCAAUUAAAAUCCAAUCCCAAUGUACCUGACCCUUCCCUAAAAUCCUGAGAAAGCCCAACACUGAAAUGACAACAAUGUGGUGGUGAGGCAGGCUUCAGAGGGGAGAUUGCUCCAGAGGAACGGGGCUACCCCUGAGAAGGCCCAACUAUGGGUCCCCACCUUAAGGAAAAAGAUAUGGAAAGAGACAUUAUUUUAGAUACUUGGGACCCAGAUCGUUAAGGGCUUUAAUUACUAACACAGGCACCUUAACUAUGGCCUGGAAGAUUUGUAGUUGUUUCAAAAUUAGUGUCCUGUAUGAGCUUUUCCAGAUACCUAUUGGCAGUCUAGCUGCUGCAAUUUGCAUUAGUUGUUGUUUCUGGCCCAUUUUGAAGGACAGUCCCACAUAGUUCAACCAGUUAUGCACACCAGGGCAUACAUAACUGUGGCCAAGCUAUCUCUGUCCAGAAAUAAUUGUAAUUGGUGCACCAGCCAAAACUGGGCAUGGGCAUUCCUACCUCUGAGGUCACGUGGACCUCAAGGGAUAAAUCUUUGUUAUUAGCUUACCAUCACGAGGGCUGGGUUGCAUGUAGCAGGAAGCAAGCCUCUGGUUUGUUUUCCCUUUGAGUAGAAGACAAGGAGUGGCAGUGGAGCACCUAAUGACUUUUAACUUUAUUUUAACUAUGAUUUAAUGUGACUUGCAAACCAGCCCACAGACUAGCUGAAUAAUCAUUACCUCAGCCAAAGGAACUCUGGGAGUUGUAGUUCUGUGUACAGAACUGGGAAUUUCUUACGAGAGAGCGAAUUCUCAGUACUCUGAACAAAUUACAGUUCCUAAGAUGCUUAGGGUCAAACUUGCUGUGGAUUCAAAAGUGAAUAGUAAAGUGUCCUUGGUGGAAGCUCUGCAGAGUCCCACUGUGAUGCCACAUAGAAGAAGCAACAACAAGAGGAACAGUAUAAAGGGGAGUUCAAAACAUUUAUUUAUUUAGUAGAAAUGAACAAGCAUGUCAUAGUUACUAAUUGGAAAAUCAGUUAUGCUAAUAUUUUAUUAUAUUUGGUGACAGUGAGAUACUGAAAUCUGUGAUGGGUAGUACAAUGGGGGAAAGUCUGCAAUAUUUUGACACUACAGUAUUUUGCAAAAAUAAUCACGAUUAUGAGCCUACGCAGUUAUGUGACCGAAGUCCCAUUGGACCUAGUGGGAUAGAGGCUUAAGUUUGUAGUCAAAAAUGGUCAUGUGUUUGGGAUUCUUGUUCAGAUAUAACAGAGCAACCCUAACCAUAUCGGCUCAGAAGUAAGUCCUAUUGAAUUAAGUAGAGCUUACUGCCAGGUCGUGGGCUUAGGAUUGCAGCAUAACAGAGCAGUUCAACCUCCCUUUGUGCUGGGCUGGUGGCUGGACUGGGCGGAAGUGUCCUUCCUCUGGCCUCCUGCUGGUUGCCACCUUCAGAGCUCCUCUUCUGCCGGCCAGCAACAUCCUCACCACCAGCAGCCAGCACAAAGCCCCAAACUGGACUUUUGGGGGGAGGGCGGAGCUGAGCUAGCCUGAGAUGCUGCCCCAGCACCUGCCAUCCUCACCACUGUGUGCAGCAGGACUGCAGCUGAGGAGGUGGGCUCUGCUAUUCCAUAAAGCUCUGCCAGGAUGGAGGUGGGGGGGGGGAUGCAGAGAGUUGGAAUGUUCCCUAAAUUAUUAUUGAGACCUCGUGGUCAGUUGUUUCAUAGGAAGGCCUAUGGAAUGUUGCACAAACUUUAGAAAGCUUACAACAUUUAUUAGAGAGUUCUAUCUCUGCUAUAUCAUUCUGUCCAAUGUUGGGAGGAAAAUGCUCUUACAACAUCCAAUAUAUUAUAUUUCUUUACAGUGUUGUUGGUUGUUAAAUGAAAUCUGCUAAGGGUUUUGUUUUGUUUUGCUUUCUUCCAUUAAAACAGCAACAACUAAAUUUGGCAGGACUGCAAAAUAGGAAGUCACUCUCAUCUUUACCAGUCAAAAAUGUAUGUGAUGUCUACCAUGUCUUUCAGACAAGAUGGAUAAAGCCUUGUUUGUGUUUUUUCAUAAUGACUCUGAAUGUACCGUCAGUUUGACUUGCAAUUGUCUAUUGUACUUUGUUCUGGAUUUCAGCUUUGCAUAGCUGUGAACAUAACUUCUGAGAUGUUUUGUUUAUUUUAUGUUUCCAACACAGUGUUAUUUAAAGGAGUAUCCUAUUUGCAGCCUCCACUAAUUAUACAGUACUGUAGUUCCAAAGUAUAAAGUAUAAAGUUUGGAUUAUUUUUAUACCAGCAUCCAAAUAUUUGAUUUCUGGCGUUCUAGUCAGUGUAAUAAAAAUGAUACAAUAAAAGUAUUAAUUAUA